AUGUGCCAGCGUGCCAGCCUUGUGUUAAAAAAGAAAAAGCUGGUAAGUGGUUCAGGGACAUCAGAGCCCUGGAAAGUGGUGCGUGGAAUAGGGAAGGGCGUGUGUGCUCAGAGCACAGCAGGGGACAUGCUUUCACAUGAACGCACAGAUGCUUGCUCUUUGCCUGACCUGAUCAGCAGUUUUGGAUCCUGUGGGCCAAAAACCAUGGUCACAUAUUGUCCACUUCAGUCCCUCACUGUGCUCAUUCAAAAGCACACUGUCAAGUACAUUUUGAUUAUCUUUGGGAGCCUGGGAAGUCCAAGAUCAACAUGGCAGCAGAUUCAGUGCCUGGUGAAAGUUCUCUGCUACCUGGCUGUAGCUUCACCCUAUCAGAAGCUGAAAAAUGGACUGGGGGUAGCAUGGGAGGAGUUACAUUGUACUUUCUGGUUAAUAACAGGACGAUUAACAAAGGUUGCACUUUGCAUCCCACUGAACUCCAGGAGGCACCAGCACACAGAGGACAUAAAGCAAUCUAAUGGAACGAACAUGUCUUCAACAAGAACACUAGAUGAGGCUGGUAUGGCAGAGGACCCAGAGACCCUGUGGACCCUGGAAUCAGAGGCCAUGGACAAGAAGUGGCUUCCUGUCACCAUGCUAGGCUGCCUGGUUAGGGACACGAAGAUCAAGUCCCUGAAGAAGAUCUGUCUCUUCUCCCUGCCCAUCAAGGAUUCAGAGAUCAUUGACUUUUUGCUGGGGGCAGCCCUCAAGGACAAGGUUUUGAAGAUGAUGACAGUGCAGAAGCAGACACCAGGUGGCCAGCAGGCCAGGUUCAAGACAUUUGUUGCCAUCAAGGACUACAAUGGCCAUGUCAGCCUGGGUGUAAAGUGCUCCAAAGAGGUAGCCACCACCAUCCUAGGGGCCAUCAUCCUUGCCAACAUCUCCACUGUGCCCAUGAGGAGAGGCUACUAGGUGCACAAGAUCAGCAAACUACACAAGGUGCAUAGCAAGGUGAUUCAAUGCCAUGGUUCUGUGCUGGUGUGCCUCAUUCCUGCUCCCAGAGUCACUGGCAUUGCCUCCACUCCUGCCCCCAAGAAGCUGCUGAUGAAAGCUGGCACUGAUGACUGCUAUACCUUAGCCAGGGGGUGCACUGCCACCCUGGGCAACUUCACCAAGGCCACCUUCGAAAAGACUGCAUUCACAAAGUCUGCCUAUCAGGAAUUCAUGGACCAUCUUGUACAGACUCACAUCAGAGUGUCUGUGCAGUAG